ACAAAGCCAAUCACACUGACUCCCCGGGAGGAGAGUGAGGUGGUUGCCACAGUGAUGAAAUGGAAGACGGUGACAGCCAUCUUUCUUUUGGUUGUUCUGUACCUGGUGAUGGGAGCGGCAGUCUUCAGAGCCCUGGAGCAGCCUCAUGAGAGUGCUCAGCGAUUGGCCAUCCUGUCCCAGAAGCUGACGUUCCUGUCCAGACACUCCUGUGUCAACCAGAGCCAGCUGGAGGAGCUAGUUAAGCAAGUUGUGUCUGCGAUCCGCUCUGGAGUGAACCCUGCAGGGACAAUGAGCAACCACAGCAGCCUGUGGGACCUCAGCUCCUCCUUCUUCUUUGCUGGGACUGUCAUCACAACCAUCGGUUUUGGGAACAUUUCACCCCACACAGAAGGUGGGAGGAUCUUCUGCAUUGUCUAUGCGUUGCUAGGGAUACCUCUGUUCGGCUUUCUCUUGGCUGGUGUAGGAGAUCAGCUCGGCACCAUAUUUGGCAAGGGCAUUGCCAGAGUGGAGAAAAUGUUCGUGCACUGGGACAUCAGUCAGACAAAGAUCCGCGUCAUCUCCACCCUCCUGUUUGUAUUGUUCGGCUGCCUGCUAUUUGUGGCGCUCCCAGCGGCCAUCUUUAAACACAUCGAGGGUUGGUCUGCGCUGGAGUCCCUUUACUUUGUGGUCAUCACCCUGACUACCAUAGGAUUUGGAGACUUUGUGGCAGGUGGUUCUGAAAUAGAGUACUUAGAUUACUAUAAACCUGUUGUAUGGUUUUGGAUUCUGGUGGGACUAGCCUACUUUGCUGCCAUCCUCAGCAUGAUAGGAGACUGGCUCAGAGUCAUCUCCAAGAGGACGAAAGAAGAGGUAGGAGAGAUCCGAGCUCAUGCUGCAGAGUGGACGGCUAACGUCUCAGCAGAGUUCAAAGAAACACGGCGACGUGUCAGUGUUGAGAUCUACGAUAAAUUCCAGCGUGCUGCGUCAAUUAAACGCAAACUGUCCUCAGAGCUGGGAUUUAGCCCCGGCCCCGAGCUCGCUCUGCCAAAGAGGACCACGUCUGUAAAUUUCAUCGAUGACAGGAACGAGAGGGAAGCCGGGGUGCAGACCCCGACGACACCUCUGGCAAGAAAUGGAGGUUUGUUCAUGAACGGGCUGGACCCAGAGAGGGGAGAAAUCUCAGUCAUUGAACACCUCAAGUAGAAAGAGGACAGUCAACAUCUUUCGAGAUCUUUUCAAGAUCUUUCCAUGUGUCAUCGUUGGUGGCAUCAGUACUUGGAGCAGAGUUGCAUGACCAAAUGAACUGUUCUUACUCACAAUUCAAUUAAUAGAGAAAGUGGUACUUUGUGACAUAUUCACCACUCUAAGGGGUUGUGAGGCUUGUUCAAGGACACUUUUCUCACCUCCUUCAUUCCACCAGUGACACAAAGAGCAAGAAGAAGAUACAGAACAUGAGUUGAUCUUGUUGAAAUCAACAGUUAACCCUUAAUAAAAAAAAAAUGUACAAAAACAACAGUACAAAAGUCAGAGGAAUGACCAUGAUGCCUGUCUGUGUUUGCAGCACUCCAAUAUUUAUUUUUUCUUUACCACACAGAAUUAUACAUUACAUUAUUGUUUUUUUAGCACUUUGGUUUAGAGGGAGCCAUGAAACACUUUGACAGAGAGAGAGAGAUGUAUUACAUGCAACAAAGGUUGAACCGUUGACGAUUAUAUGGUGUGUGGCUCUUCCCCUCUGCAGUGUUUUUAAGAAGGACGUUACCGUUUGCCUUUUGAAUGCAGAACGACACUGACAAUCCCAGUAGGCUUUUAACUGAAACAUUACGCAUAUGGUGGGAUGUGACGAUGUCAGAACUAACUAAAAAUGACGGAAGAUGCUAUCUGAACUGCAAAGAUGAUGGGCUCUUGAUUUUGUGCUAAAUCUGCAGAAUGUAAAGAUCAUGAGAUUGAGAGAUGGUGAGAUAUGAUAUUGUUUGAACUACAGAUGAGACCGAGCCGUGUGCCCUAUUGAACUACAACAAUGGAGGAUUGGUUGAGCUCAUAUUAGGACCUUAUUUAUCAGAUUUCCCACCUGGGAAACGUUGAUAACUCACAAGAUUGUACUACACCAAAACUAAACACAAACUAACAGUUUGAAGUCUUUCUAUCUGUAAUUUCCACCAUUAUAACCAGCUGAAUCAGCAGCAAUGUAUUUUGGAAUAGUAGCUUAGGUGAAAAAAGGUUUCUGGGUAGGAUACUGAAUUGGUUGUUUA